AUGAAUUUAAAUUUCACUUCUCCUGUGCAUCCAGUUUCUGCUGCAAGACCAACUUCGUUUUUUAUUGAAGAUAUUUUGCUGCAUAAACCAAAACCAUUGAGAGAAUCUGCUUCUGCACAUUUUAGCAACUCCUUCACCUCUAGGGUUCCCUUCCUAGAUUAUGGUUACCCCUUAAUGCCAACACCUACCAUCCUCGCCCCCCAUCCUCACCACCCUCUGCACAAACCAGACCACCACCAUCCCUUCUUUCUUGCCACAUCAGGUCUGCCGGUGCCAGCUCUGUUCCCUCAUCACACCGAGCUACCAGGAAAACAUUGCCGCAGACGGAAGGCUCGCACUGUAUUUUCUGAUUCACAACUUUCAGGGCUGGAGAAAAGGUUUGAACUGCAGCGCUAUUUAUCAACACCUGAAAGAGUGGAACUUGCUACUGCACUCAGCCUUUCAGAAACUCAGGUAAAAACUUGGUUUCAAAACCGAAGGAUGAAGCACAAAAAGCAGCUCAGAAAAACACAAGAUGACACCAAAACACCAAAUUCUGAAGGUCAUUUAGAUCAAAGUUCCAGUGACACUGAGUUAGGUGAAAAAAAUGGAUCAGAGUACCCAAAGAACAGCAGCCACAGCCUGUUCAUUAGGGAAGAAGUGGAAGAUGAUGUUGAUAUUAUUGAGGAUGAUAUUUGUCCUUCUCAGCAUUUAUUAUAA